GAAUAUUGCUGAACCCUGGGCAGUCAAUCUGCUGACUUGGGCGCCGGGAGCCAAAUCCGAGGCCCAAGAAGGUUGGCCGAAGGCCACGGUGAAGGCCACGGUGAAGGCCACAACUGCACACCUUGGCGAUAGACGCUUACUCGGCUUGGAGCAGCGCCAUGGCAUCCAAACAGGUCAAGAAACUCCUGGAUGUGAUUUCUGAACUUCAUCCGCGGAAGGAGAGCAAAGAGCUGUCAGACGUGCUGGAAAAGCAAGUUGACAAACUUGUAGAGGAAAAGCUGAACCAACUUAUGGAGGAGGAUCUGAAGAAAAUGAAAGCUGCCACAAGCAGCCAGGCAGAGGCAGAAGGAACAGCCAAGGCUGCCUCUGAGGGUGCGCCUAGAUAGGGAACAACAGCACAGCAUGGCAGGCCAAUGCCAGCCAGCCAGUUGUGAAAGCAUGUGAAAACGAAA